AUGAAAUUGGAAGACCGGAUGAAAUUAGAAACGCAGAUGAACUCGGAAGAUCGGAUGAAAGCGUAAGAGCGAAUGAAAUCGGAAGAGCAGAUGAAAUCGUAAGAGCAGAUGAAAUCGUAAGAGCUGAUGAAAUUAGAAAAGCAGAUGAAAUGGGAACAGCUGUUGAUAUUGGAAGACCGGAUGAAAUUGGAAAAAGAGAUGACAUUGGAAGAGCAGAUGAACUUGGAAGAGCAGAUGAAAUCGGAAGACCGGAUGAAAUCGUAAGAGCCUAUGAAAUCGUAAGAGCCGAUGAAACUGGAAGAGCCGAUGAAACUGGAAGAGCGGAUGUAAUCGGAAGAGCGGAUGUAAUCGGAAGAGCGGAUGAAAUCGUAAAAUCGAAUGAAAUGGAAACAGCUGAUGAAAUGGGAAGAGCAGAUGUGAUCGGACAAGCAGAUGAAAUCGGAAGAUCGGAUGAAAUCGUAAAAUCAGAUGAAAUUGGAAGAGCUGAUGAAACUGGAAGAGCAGAUGUAAUCGGAAGAGUGGAUGAAAUCAUAAGAGCAGAUGAAAUUGAAAGAGCUGAUGAAAUUGAAAGAGCUGAUGAAAUUGAAGGAGCGGAUGAAAUCGGAAGAACAGAUGUGAUCAGUAGAGCAGAUAAAAUAGGAAGAGCAGAUAAAAUGGGAAGAUCAGAUGAAAUGGGAAGAGUGGAUGAAAUCCUAGGAGCUGAUGAAAUGGGAAGAGCAGAUGAAAUCGUAAGAGCUGAUGAAACAGGAAAAGUGGAUGAAAUCAACAGAGCAGAUGUAACUGGAAGAGCGGAUGACAUUAUAUAUGUGAGUACUGAUGGUUCCUGCAGUGGAAAUGAAAGUGAAAGCACAGACAAAACAAGAAAUACAGCUAUCAGUAUACAUGUAUCUGAAAACGAAAGUUUGUUUGGAUCUGAAAGUGCAGAUGAAGAACAGUCUACAAGUGAGACUCCUGUUACCUAUUCCCACGCAAGUAUGCAUCAGGAAGGAGACAAUGUUGCACCAUUGAGCUCUAAUAGGGAUCCUCACCCUGUCAGUCCAACCCAGCAACAAGGACCAUAUGGAUAUCAUGACACAACCAAAGGCAAUCUACAUCCAAAUGUUGCUCCUUACUUAACAAGAAGUGUCUCUCAUGGUCUUAGAAGUCAGGAAAAGACUCUCUCAAGGAGUGACACUGCCUUCAACGAAAAUUGUGGAAUGUCACCUUUAAAUCCUUCAAAGCAAAAAGGACAAGAAGGUAUUGAGUUGUACCAAAGAGGAGAUACAACUAGAGAUGGUUGCAGUGAUGGGGAAAGGGAUAUGGAGAGAAAGUCGAGAGACAGGUUUUUAAGUGAGACAGUGCAGUCUCCCCAGGAUGUGCCAACCCAGGACAGUCCUGCCCUUGACUCUGAGUCUACUUGUAAGGAAAAGCGAUUAAAUCAAUUGCAUGACACUAGUAGGUCUUCCUUGGCGAUGAAAAGUGAGACUAGGUCAAUUGAAGGAGCCAGCUUCAGUACCAGAAGAGAAACUGAGGUAGCUCGUCUUUGGUCUUACCAUGAGCAUCAGGAUGACUUGUCUUUGGCAGUUCCCAAACAAGAGUUACAGAGAUAUGAUAACAACAAUUUUCUGUUUGAUUAUCAACAUUCCUCCAAAUUGGAUGAAACACGAAGAGACUGCAGAGACACAUUUCCUGGGGAUUACCAAAGACAUACAAGUACUAUCAGGGAUUCUGAAAGGAGCCAGACAAUCCUGUCAAGGAAUGAUGCUGUCUUGUAUAAUGAUAGAGAAGAGAUGUUUCAUGAACAUGCAGCAGAUGGACAUCAAACCAUCAUUGGUCAAAGAAUAGAGCCUUUUGCUACAGAUCCCUUUGACAUUGACAAAAGAAGAAGGAUGGAAACCCGAUCAGAAAGUACUAAUUGCUCUUCAGAGACCAGAGGGGAUGUGCCUUUGGACAACAGAUUUCAAGCAUCUUUUCCUCAGACAAGGGAAAUAUCCGUAGUUUAUCAAAGCAAUGCUCAUCAUCUUACAGAAAAAAGUAGUUUGCAAAGAAGACCAGAUCCUCUAACCAGGGAUGUUGAUGCAAGUAAGGAGCCUGUCCAUUCUCUAAGGCAUGGCUUAGGAUCUCGUCUUGGGCCAAGAAGAGAGUUCUUUCCCGUUUCACACGAUACACCUGCUUUGCAUAAAGAAAAAAAGAAGGGUGGUGGUGCAAAUUAUCAAGAUCAUCGGAAUCUCAUUGAACUGGAAAGAAGGUCCAUAAUGUACACUCAGGAAAUGGAGAAUAGCAGUUUUCUGAACCCAAGAGCAGGAAUGCAAGCACAUCAUUGUCAACAACUGGGACAGAACCUUGACAAUCGACAAAGUACUACGCCGUAUGGAUAUGGUGGCACAUCUUUUGCAGGUGAUCUUUCACCACAGGAUCGUGCUUCAAACGACUCUGGAACUACUCAAAGGACUGAGACUUGGCCUGAGUAUCUGCCUCACUCCUUAGAGGAACAAAGAGAAUGGUCAUCUUUUGCAGGGGAUCUUUCACCACAGGAUCGUGCUUCAAACGACCCUGGAACUACUCAAAGGACGGAGACUUGGCCUGAGUAUCCGCCUCACUCCUUCGAGGAACAAAGAGAUCGGUCAUCUUUUGCAGCGGAUCUUUCACCACAGGAUCGUCUUUCAAAGGACCUGGGAACUACUCAAAUGAUGGAGACUUGGUCUGAGUAUCCGCCUCACUCCUUCGAGGAACAAAGAGAUUGUUCAUUGGGUGACACAUGGAGAGUGCGCCUUGGGCCUCAAGUUUCUACCAGUGCCCCUCCCUGUGCUCAGGACUUGCAACAGAAUAGAGAAUUUCGGAUGAAUCCUUCAACAGUUCAUGGAUCAAACUUAGAACUACAUGCAUCUACAGUAGAGGAUGAUGCUGCUUGGACAAGAAAUAUGAAAACCAGAAGAAGGAGAGAUCAAAGACAAAAUAAAAGUCUGAGAGAAGGAAGGAUAGACGGACAAACGUGUGGAAUAGGAGAGGGACGAAUUGGUGAUUCUGCCUGGGAAAGAAGGAUGAGAAACAGAAGAAGGAAAGAAAGACGGAUUAGAAGUCUGAGAGGAAGGAUGAUAGGCAGACGAUUACGUGGGGGACGAAUUGGUAAAUGGGUAGGAGGAAAAAGAGGACAGAUAGGUGGACAAAGAACACUGAUGAAUAUACAGAGAGGAAGACAAAUUGGACAGAUAGGCAGACAGAAAGUAGGAAGUAGAAGAGGACAGCAAAGUUUUGCUGGAACCCACACAAGCAGUAGAGGAGGAACAAAAGAUGUAGACAGCAUUGAAACGGAUGUGGCCAGGCCUAAGGAUGAGACGCAAGAACUUUCUUUUGAUGGAAAGCAGAUCGUCAAGGACAAAUCUUUAGUCAGUCCUGCUGAUUGGCCACCAACCUUGAAGGAUUACGUCCAGAGAGUCUUCAAUUCUUGCCAGAAUGAAUCCGAGAAGGACAAGGUGGAGUCCCACCUCAAGAAGAUCCUGACCGAGGCUCACAGCCAGGGCACUGUCAUGACCAAGGACUGGAGUCUGGAGCCCCUCCCUCUCUCCGCCCGCCCCAGCCCCGCCCGUCCCAGCCCCAACCCCACCCCUAAGUCCUCCCAUGAACAACCCGAAGCACCCUGGAGCGCCAGGCGCAGCCAGGAGAACCCGCUCCGCAUCGGCAGCGAUGAUUACCUGGAUGUAUCUAGACAGGGGAUCGGGCAAGGGCGGGGCCGGGGGCGUGGCAGAGGGCGUGGUCAGUGGAAUAAGAUGCCGGAGAACCAACAGAGCAGGUUCCCCACCCGUGUAGCUGAGCCAGCUAAGGGGCGCCACGGCCGCAAGAUCUUUGGCUUCUCCAGGGACUUCAGCAGUGACAGUGGUAGUUCAAAUAGCCGGUCUAGGUCCCGGUCUAGGUCCCGCUCACCGUCUAGGUCUAGAAGCCCUGGUUGUAGCAGGUCUCCCUCUUCAAGUUCACGUAGGAGAAGAGCGAGAUCAUACAGAGACAGAGAUGAUCGGGACAGAAGAUCUAGGAGCCACGAACGGGACUACCUGUCGCUGUCUACUGAUAGGAAGGAGAAGGGCAAAGGUCGCGGCCGCGGGAGGGGAAGAGGUAGGGGGAGGAAGAGCGAAGAAGCGGAGAUUAACAGAAGGAACGAAAGAACACCAGGCAAGAAAGGACCGAAGGGGAAGAACAAGAAUGUCGGGGAUGUGAACUAUGUGAAUGAUAAGGAGCGUGCGAUGCGCAUGCAGAAGCGCGCAGCCAGAUUCCAGGACAUGUUAGGGGAGGAGGACAGUCCGUCUGGCGGUGGCAGCGGUGGCAAGAAGCAAAGAACUCAGAAACUCUCCCUUCAGAUCAAUGAAGUCUUGACUGGUGAAAGUGAUGAUGUUGAAUGGUCAAUGGAACCUAUAGUAGGCACCAAUCAGGACGAAUGGAAACAGUACCUCAGGCUCACAUCCGCGCCAGACCCAUCUCAGGUAAGACCGAUCUCUGUCCUUCGUAAGUCUCUGGUCAAGGUCAAGGAACGAUGGAAGGACAAGCAAGACUAUCGCUUCGUGUGUGAGCAGCUCAAGUCAAUCAGGCAGGAUCUCACGAUACAGUGCAUCAGGAAUGAGUUCUCAGUUGAGGUGUAUGAAAUGCAUGGAAGGAUAGCUCUUGAAAAGGGGGAUGUCCCAGAGUUCAACCAGUGCCAGACCCAGUUGAAAGCCCUCUACGGUGAGGGGAUGCCCGGUAAUAUCCAUGAGUUCCAGGCGUACCAUAUACUCUAUAACAUCUCUAUGGAGAACACCAUGGAAAUGAACACUACCCUUGCGACCCUCAAACCCGAAUCCCGGAAGGACCCCUCGGUAAAACACGCCCUGGCGCUGCGCUCCGCCUGGGCCAUGUCCGACUAUCAUAAGUUUUUCAAGCUUUAUCGUACCGCCCCACGCAUGGGGUCCUAUGUCAUUGAUAUGUUUCUAGCUCGCGAGCGGAAGGCGGCGAUCAAGAUCAUCACCAAAUCAUUUCGACCCAUGGUCCCCGUAGACUACAUGGCAAACAGCCUCGCAUUCGACAGCGACGAGGAAUGCAUCACAUUCCUGACGGAGCUGAAUGUCGUGUUGAACGCGGAUAGGACUAAAGUGGACUGUAAACAGAGCGCUGCCGCCAUGGCUGUGGCUUGAGCUAGUUAGAAUCAUACCCCAAAAGUUAAAUAGAAGCAAAGACUUAAUCAUUGACCUAACAAACCAGAAAUUCAAGCGAGAUUCUAUUCAAGGAAUAUCUGCAGUUGGCUUUGACUGGCCACUGGCAUACUGGUUUUUGGAACAGUUUUGGAGAGGAAACAAAAAUUAGAAGAGAGUUGGACUUGCAUGGCCCAUAGUUCUUUUCAAAUGAAGAAGAAUGCAGCAAAGAAUGUCAAUUAUUUAUUUUGGCUGAUCACAGUUUUACAAGUUUACAGUAGAAAUGGGCCUUCCUAUAGACCCUUACACAGGGAAGUAAUCAGCAGAUAUUGCUCCAACAUUGAAGGAGAUUCACCUUUGCUUUCGAGCAUCUAUAUUUGGAAACUAGAAUUUCUAUGUCAUGGUAUUUUCCUGGUGUGGUAAGAACUAGGAAAUCAAAAUUCUUUCUUAAUUGUCUUGCACCUUCAAUUUUAGUGUGUGUCUUGUGCUCCAAACUUCUCAUAUGAUAAUCUCGGCAAAUCAGUUUUAUGUAAAGAAUAUUUAUAUUUAAAAUAUAAACAUUUGAAAUAAUUACAAGACAAUGCUACAUUUUUAUUCUGAUUGAAUGAAUUGGCACAUACAUAUAUGUAGAAAUAAAAGAUAUUAAUUGUAACAUUUCUUUCUUUUCUUCUUCCUUUUAUCCUACAAUAUUCACAGCAAUUGUCUAAAUGUUUGUACUCUCUCAGUGUAUCUAUAUUGGUUAUAUAUUUAUUUGAAAGGUGGUACUUGUUAACUGUUCACAAAAUAUCUUUUAAAUGUAACUUCCAGAUUCUAACAAUGCCAUUCAGGAAAGGUUUUCAUCCUCCUCUUACAGUAUUGAUAAUUUACAAAAAGAUGUUAGAUAUUGGAUUAUUGGUUAUUUUCUAUUGUUAAUUUAAGCUGAAACUUCAAUAACUAUGGAGUAUCAUCAGAAUUUAUGUCAGUGGGUUUAUGUGCAAUUCAAAAAACAAAUGGUCUGUUCAGGUACUUUAAUUUGAUUUUCUUGUAGAAAUAUUUAACAUGGUAGAGAUUCCAUGUUAGAUCAAAAGCUCUGUUGCUUUUUUUUUUAAUUUUUAAUUUUUAUUUACUCACUUCAUUUACAUAUUACAUUGCAUGAGUCAACAACUUAGGUUAACAUUUUUUUAAUGGAUCUGUCAUAGUGAUUUUCAAUUCAAAUUAUUCUAUAAUAUAGACAUGAAUACUGCUACAAGAUUUCAGUGAUAAGAAAUGACAAAAUAAAAGUGAUACAAUAAUCUAAUAGGGAUGGUAAGUAUUAAUACUCCUUAGUAAAAAAAAAAAUU